CAAUAAAAGGAGCAAGACAGAAAGAGUCAGAGGAUUUAAAGCAGGCUGCUGAGUUUUUUCCAGGACAAACUCCCAAACCCACAUAAUGGGUGCAGACAUUAAAAUCCUCCUCUGUAUUGGACUUGCAGUUGUACUAACAGGUGUGGGAAAGUCGGCUUUUAUCGGGAAAAGCCACAGCGGAGGAAGGGAUGAUCCUGUGCUGCAGUAUGUGGUUAACAAUUCACUGAGGGAGAAUCCAGUUCUCACCAAACUCAGACUGAGAACACUUGAAGACACGUGGAGUAGAAUGAUGGUGGCCAGUGAACAAGCUCAGUUUAUGGCAAAUCUCAUUAGACUGAUUAAUGCAACAAAAGCGAUUGAAAUUGGGAUGUACACAGGGUACAAUGCUCUGAGCAUGGCUUUGGCGAUGCCUGAGAAUGGACGCGUGGUAGCUUGUGAAAUAGAAGACACGUACGUGGAGAUUGCCAAACCCUUUUUUAAAGAGGCUGGAGUCGAAGACAAAAUAGACAUAAAGUUUCAAACAGCUAUGAAGACUCUGAAUGAACUGAUAGCAGCUGGUGAAGCGGAAACAUAUGACUUCGUGUUCAUAGAUGCAGAUAAAUUCAACUAUGACGGUUACUAUGAGAAGUCCCUCGAGCUCAUACGAAAAGGAGGUAUCAUCGCAAUUGACAAUGUGCUGUGGAGUGGAAAAGUUGUGAACCCUGACCUUAAUGACCUCACAUCUCAGGCUCUGGAUGCUCUCAAUAAGAAACUACACAAGGACCAGAGGAUUGAACUGAGCAUGCUCACUGUCGGGGACGGCCUGACCAUUGCCAUUAAACGCUAACUCUGAAUAUCAACAUGCAUGUUUUUCUUAAAAAUGCCCUAUGUUGUUGCCUUGAAAAUUGUAAGUUACAGUGUUUUUGAGAAAAAAAAUCCGACAGCAUGUGAUUAAACAUUACAACUUCCCCUCUAA